AUGCGGGAAUACAAGUUGGUGGUUCUCGGCAGCGGGGGCGUCGGUAAAAGCGCAUUGACCGUACAGUUUGUGCAAAGCAUUUUCGUCGAAAAGUACGACCCCACCAUUGAGGACAGUUAUAGGAAACAAAUCGACGUGGAUGGCCAGCAAUGCAUGCUUGAAAUUCUUGAUACUGCAGGCACCGAGCAAUUCACGGCUAUGCGCGAUCUCUACAUGAAAAACGGUCAGGGUUUUGUAUUGUGCUACUCUAUUACCUCCCAGUCCACCUUCAAUGACUUGGCGGAUCUCUACGAGCAGAUUCUGCGGGUAAAGGAUACGCACGAGGUACCUCUGGUGCUGGUUGGAAAUAAGUGCGAUCUUGACAACGAGCGCGUAGUGGGAAGAGAGCAAGGUCAAACUCUGGCUAGGAAUUGGAAUUGCGUUUUUAUGGAGACCAGUGCCAAAGCCAAAAUCAAUGUUAAUGAGGUACGAUUUUUCAGUCGUCCCUAUCGUCUAAUUUCAUUUUCCUACUUUACCUUUUAUGUGGGUAGCUCGAGUACCACUUGA